AUGAUGAAGGUCCCCGUGAUAUCGCUGGACGCCACAGACACUGAUGACGAGGAUUCUGAGACAAAAACGACGUGCAAAAGAAACGGAUCGGUACGAAAAGUGCGCGAAAUUCAAAUGGAUUGUGCCAUUGGCGACCCCUCUGGCUCACCGGGCACAACUCUGAAUACAGUGAUCUCGAGGUUCGGGCGGUCCCAAUCCCUUCGAAGACCACCCACGGCGAAAACGACGAAAAAGGAGGAGAAUGGAACGCCUGGAAGCUCCCGAGGAGCAUCUCCAACGCCUAGCUUCAUUGAUAUCAGUCCUAUCAUUCGAACCGCUUCGUUGAGAGUCAAGAAUCAGUUGGCACAGCGGCUCUCGGAGCCACUGAAGAAGGCGGAGCAUCGAAUAUCGAAAUUGCUCAUGACAGAGCCGGAUGAUGAGGAAUUUCAGCAUUAUAGUCUGGUGCAUGGACUCAAAGGGUGUAAUAAUAAUGAUUCUGAAGACGCGGGCUCCUCAAGCGACGAAGACGAUCCAGAAUAUCUGGAACUUCUGGAGAGGGAUUCGAUUAUCAAUCGAUACGAGAAGGGACCGGAUGCGGCCGACGUCGAUGCUUGGGAGAAUCCGGAUUUCGAGGUUUACACCAAUUUGGAUCGAUUCGGAUUUGUUCACAAAAAAGGCGAAAAGACUGACGAGCGAACGGACCUUCAAAAACGGCGAAUAAUCAAGGAACUGAGUCGGGAGAAGAAAUGGCUGAAAAUGAUAGAAAUCUGGAAAUCUGGAGGACCGUCGAAGAAAAUGGAGGAUCGCAUCUGGAAGGGGAUCCCUGAGAAACUUCGAAUUGUGAUCUGGCCACGCCUCCUAGGAGCAGAGAGAAUGAAGCAUGAGAGACGAGAUAUGUAUGCGGAGUUGCUCCUGAGAGCACGAUUAGUGUCAAAAGACAUCAAACAGAUUGAUUUGGACAUCAAUCGGACGUAUAGGGAUCAUUUGGCGUUUAGGAAGAGAUAUGAUGUGAAACAAAAAUCGUUGCUGAACGUGUUGGCGGCGUAUUCAAUGUACAACACAGAAGUGGGAUACUGUCAAGGAAUGUCUCAAAUCGCCGCCCUUUUCCUGAUGUAUCUGGACGAAGAGGACGCCUUCUGGUGUCUCCAUCAACUGAUGGUCAGCCCAAAACACACGAUGCACGGCUUCUUUGUUCCCGGAUUUCCGAAAUUGCAGCGAUUCGAAGAACACUUCAAAAAGAUACUGAAAAAGUACAAACCGAGGGUUUUCAAGUAUUUGGAGAAACAGGAUAUACCGUAUAUCUACCUGACGAAAUGGUGGUUCGGAUGCUUUUUGGAUCGUGUGCCGUUCUCGUUGGCACUGAGACUUUGGGACGUUUUUCUGGUCGAAGGAGACUCGAUUCUGUUGGCCAUGGCUUAUAAUAUUAUGAAGAUGCAUGAGAAAUCAAUCCGAAAGCACUCGAUGGAAUCGUUCAUGGAGUUCAUUCAAAACGAGAUUGCUCAGGAUUUCGGCUAUUCGGACGACGAGGUCAUGUAUUCUCUUCGGGAGACUCUAAGCAAGCUGAAGUCCGACCGUCAGCACGUCCCGCCCCCACCGCGUCCAGAAGACCUCUCAGAAGUCCCGACGAAGGCGUUGGGCCCGAUUCUUCAGAAGCCGAUGGCGUCGAUUCGCGAGGAGAUCCAUGAGAUUCAGUCGCGUCGAAGUCGCGCCAAUUCCACUGGCCGCUCACCGCAUCCGAAACGGAAAGAAUCCGGCCGAGGACCGUCGAAAGGACCGCCACCUGUGCAACACAAAUGGAAUGGCAAUGCUAGUCAAGAUUCGAUUCUAGGAAACGGACGGGAGGUUCCGUUUGAGAAGACGUUAAAAGUUAAAAACGGAGGACGUGAAAGUUCUGAAUUUUCAGAAGACGUCGAGAUUCGGAAUUUUAGGAAUAUAUGCACUAUGGGUAUCAAAACGACGGGAAAUUCAUGGGAAAUUCAUUUAACGUCAUCAUUCCUCCAGAUUCCCACCCGUCGAGUGCCCAACACCAGCUCUCCGGCUCUCUCAGCUGACGCCUACAUGUCUCCUCCGCCUCACGGAUCGAAUGGAUCAGCCCUCCCACCGACUGGAUCGAGUAAGAGAGACACCACUCCCACCACCUCCACCACCCAUCGAUAUCACAACAGUCAUCAGAAUCCAUCUCGUGGAGGCACACCAUCGACACAACGUCUUCGAGACGAGCGAAAUGGACAAAUGGUCCUGCUCUCCAGAGCCAGCGACUCGGAACCCGAUGUGACGUCGCCGGUGGAAGGGAAUAGAAGAGAAGAUUCAUGGAAGGACGCCUCCACGAUGCACAUCUCAACGGCCACGUCGAGAAUCACGCAUUCUGGCAACAACAUCACCAGAAUCGAGUUGGAUGGAGACGUUUCUGUGAUCUAA